CCACGCUAUCUCAACCCCAGUGCCCUUGUCUCUGCCCACACGACACGCUUAUAUUAAAGCAUAUUUGGAAGAUCUCCAGAUCCCCAACUCAAUCAUACUGCAUUGUUGAUUCCCUGACCCAAUUCUCCUGGCACUGACUUCAACUACCGCUAUGGAGCCUCAAGAACUGGCACGCCCUGUUGCCGAGUCCGUUGGCGAGCUCUCCCAUCAACAGCGGUUCUUCAACUUCUUCCAGCAUGAAAUAACUGGUACACUGCGUUCUCUACGCUGCCAAAGAGACCCUGGCUGACGAAAGGAACUGUACGACAGCUCUUCAAGAUGAGAUGGACCGUCUCGCAGAAACUGCCCUCAUAGGCGGCGAGCGCUCUGAUGCUAUGGACCAUUGUCUUGCCGGCAUCACGCGACUAUCUGGCGAAGUCAAGGACGCCUCGGGCUACAUCCCCCCCUACGAUCAGAGAACCUAUGGCGAGGCCAUCAAGGCUCUGCAAGAGAAGCUGGAAGAAACACGCAAAUCCCACGCUCCUAAACCCAAAUUCUCCUUCAAGUCGAAAUCCCCCUCUGCCCUGUCCCUCAGCGAUGCUGCAGAGCUGGCGGCAGAGAAACGUCGAGCCGUACCAGGCUAUCUAUCGCCCUCCCCUAAUGCCUCGUUUGUCAAUACUCCCAGCUACAUCAACACCCCUGCCAACGAGAGGGCACAUGACGAGCAGGAUUCAUUACACGAGGAAAAUGAGCAACCCAGACAAGAAGGCAAACCCGCUGGCACGACCAACACCGAAACAAAGGCACAAUCACCGCCAGCAGACCCUGCCCAAGAAAGUGACCGCCCGUCCCUGUCCACAACGACAACGUCAACCUCUAUCUCAAAUCAAUCCGGCACACACAUCAUCUUGCCCUCGUCAGCCCCAAAUACGCGAACACCCUGCUCGCUCUCAAAGCUCAGUGGGUGUGUGGUCGAUCUAUCCGUACCCACGACCGCCACAGCACCCUUUGCGAGCAUUACUAUCACCUCCGUCUCAUCAUCCCUGGUACUUUGCGGUUCAGUCUCUGGUCCUGCGCACAUCACAGGCGUCAAGAGCAGCGUGCUUGUGCUCAAAUGUCGCCAAUUCCGUAUGCACGACUGUGAGAACGUGGAUGUCUACUUGCAUUGCACAAGUCGACCGAUCAUUGAGAAUUGUAAGGGCAUAAGGUUCGCUGUAUUGCCGAAGUUCCACAGUGACCUCAUCUCUACAUCCCAAGAAGAUCCCUCCGCCGUGCCCAACCAAUGGAACCAGAUCGAUGACUUCAAGUGGCUUUCUCCCGAUAAGCCGAGUCCGAAUUGGUCCUUGCUGCCAGCUGAAGACAGUGUGCCAGACGAGACGUGGAGAGAGAUCGUCCCCGGUGGACCUGGUUGGAGCGUGGGUGAUAUACUGAAGGCCGUGGGCGUCGGCAGCACUGCAAGCGGCGCAGCAAAUGGUAGUUAAGACGGGGACAUAAGAGGCCACGAUACGGGGGAAAGAAGCGAGGAGUUCUGGCGACAUUAGACCACCUUAUGAUGGACGAUAAACGAAAUUGCACGGAUGAGCCUAAGACGGAAGGAGAUGGGCUGGAGAGAACAGACAGCUCUGACGACCUUACUACGAGCGACGACGACCAGCGACCGACACGAGGAUACACGAUUAAAGGAGUACGGAGCCUGGCAGUACCAAUACCUCCCCCAAAACCACUAUGAGAAAACACACAUCUUUCACAUUGGGAGCUGACUGGCUGCUGAUCAGGCUAUCACAAUAUCAGGCUGCUCACAUCAUACACGACUUAUCAACUCGGCUAUUCAAUUUAAACAUGGCGCGAUCCUCUCGACAUACCGACACCGCGGCUAGAGGGGGAAGAAAGAGGGGCAAAUUGUAAGGAGGGAAACAGAAGUUCAGAGCAGGCGAACGAGAUCAAUCAGGAUACUGUACAGAAGAAAACAAAGAGAGAAAAGAUAAUAUAGCAUCCCCGAGUAUACGUCCUUUAC